AGUCGAAGAUCGUGAUGCGCGUCAUUGUGUAGCCGAUUCUUAAGAUUUUCGAGCAUUCGUAAUGAACGAGUGGCGAACAAGUGCUUAGUCGAGCGUCACCAUUAUUGCGAAUCAGUGAAAUUUGCACACAUUUUACAAACGAUUUAGUUUUCAAAGCAAAUUUCCACAUCACAGUAAAAGACUGAAUUUUUACGGCUUUACUUACUAAAAUUAAUUAACCGAAACGCAAUUGACACCUUUCGGGUAGACGAGUGAAAUUUUCUAAAAGAAAAUUCUAGAUUCAAUCAGUGUGGAAAGUCGAAAGAGGUGUUGAAAGAGUGCAAAUCAAAAGAAGUCCGAAAAAAGAACUUUUUCAUUUAAUUGGGAAAAUAAUUGCGCAUCACACAAAGUUUUUAGUGAAUUAAUCAUCUGUCUAUUAAUUUACAUUUUCGUCGAAUUGCAUUUCCGUCGAAACCGUUUGAAGGUAAUGUGGGAAUUGAGCUUUUCAUGGAAAUUGAAAAGCCAAAAUCAAAAAGAAAUAAAAAUAAGUGGAAAAAUAUCAAUGAUAUAUGGCCAAGUGUUGUAAAUAACUCGGUUAAAUGAAUGGGACAGUGCCAAUUUUAUUGAAAAAUACACAUUUUAUGACUGAUAAUUUAAGUGGAUGACAUCACAUCGAAAAUGAUUUCAGCGAAUGAAAAUGACACCGACCGAAUAAAUAAUAGAAGAAAAGAAAACAAAACGCUCUUCUUUCACUCUGUCACAGACGAAACACAGUUUUCGCAAUCGAGCGAGGAAAAGCGUAUAAGAAUCAUUGACUACAACGACGGCUGAAAAUUGUACAGUCGGUCAAAAGCAACAACAACAAAAUUGAAGAGAGAGAGAGAAAACGAACCGAAAACACGUAGAAUCAGCUAAAGUUUUUCACCCGCCGCUUAAAUUUAAAUGUUAUUUUUGGACACACUCGAUAGAACACUCAACAAGAAUACGAGCAUCGAACGUAAAGGAAAGAAAAAGAAAAUAACGAAAAUCAAAUGAAAUGUCGCGAGAGUGAAGAAAAUUCUCUAUUACAUGCACACUCUUCGAUCAUCUGUGUACAGAUAUGAUUUUCGCCAGCUCAUUGAAAUAGCGCCGUCUCUGUCGAUUCAAACCUCUUUUUUUGUCAUUCGAUCAAAGACGAGAAUCCAACGUAACGCCGGCCAAAGAAUUAAGAAAACGAAAUAUAUAAUUUGGACUUCAUGCACUAUAAACUUGAGAACCGACCACAAUGAAAUAAUAAAUGUAGUGCAACUGAAUCUCGUAGGAUUUUCUUGGUGUGAAAACCAUCGUAAAAACAUGUUAUAAUGAUUAUUUUGAAUGGGUGACAUGUGUUGUUUUUCUUUUUCGGAAUCAUAUGGGUGUGCCAAAAUCGAACAAAUGUUUAUUUUUAUUCAAGUAGUCUGUGUUUGUUGUUUUUGACAUUUGAAAUCCAAAUCUGAUUCGGCUUAAAUUAGAAAAGCCAAAAUGAAAGGACGAAGUUGAUGGUGAUGAAAUAUGUUCAACAUUCAUAAUUUUGAUAAGUUUGUCUCUUUUGACUGAUAUCACAAUUCCCAAAAUACGAUUGAUAAUUGGAACGUUUCCAGUUCUGAAUGAAUCAGAGAGACACUUUUUACGAAAGAAGAAGAAGAAACGAUAUUUACGGAAGUUGGUUUUCCCUACAUCAAUUCACACUCAUUAAUUAAAUGUGAAAAAAUUUCGUUGAAUCCAUUUUCAGCAUCAUUCUUGAUUCGACGAGAAUGUAUUUAAUAGUUCCGAUGCCGAUAACAGGCACAAAAACCAGUGUCGCUAGCAAGACGCCCAGCACAGCUAGCAAAACGUCGACGGCUGCCACCGAUGCAGCGCCCAAAACUAAUGUUGCAUCGCGAGCACCGUGGUUAAAAGAUGCCGGAAAAACGACGUCAACCACCCAGGCGCCGUGGUCAAAGCGCAACGCCACAGCAGCAGAUAGCAAUGGAACGCAAAAGGAAGUGAAAUUGCAAUCGCGUGAAGUUAAAGUGCCGGUGGUGACACAGCGAAAAACGUCAAUUCCAACUGAACCUUUGGUAAAACCAAAGCCAAAAGACAUCAAAGUCACUGUCCCAGAGGACAAUUAUGAGACAUCAUCAUCGGAAUAUGAAGAAGUGACCGAUUCCGAAGAAGAGGAAGAGGAAACUGAAGAAGAGACCGAAAGCAGUUCAGAAGAAGAUGAUGACGAGAACAAGCACAAGAUGCCAAUUCAAGUGAAAUUGAAGCCAGUCGAAAAGCCAGCCGAGGUGAAAAAAUCACCAAGCGUCGAUCGUGCCGGUAAGUUUGUAAAGCCUGCCCUAAAGAAAGUCCCCACACUUGACAAACUCAAUAAGCCAAAGCCACCACCGCCAACGAUACCCGAGGCAAAACCGUUGCGUCAUGUCGAAAAGCCCAUUCUGCCGGAGGAAUUGCCGGAGAAAACGUUCGAAUUUCAGCGGCCACAAUUGAAAAAAGCCGACAGUAUAACGAAAAAACCAUUGAUACCACCUCCUCCGCCACCUCCUAAGAUGGUUCCACCACCGCCUCCACCACCUGGUUUGACGGCACCAAAAGAAUUUGUCAAAAAGGAAAUAUCGAAUAAAGGGAAAGAAACUUUGGAGAAAUUGAAAUCGCGGCCAAGAAGACGACCUGAUUGGUCGGAUAUGAUGAAAGAAGUAGAAUCGGGAAAAAAACUACGUCACGUCGAAUGUAAUGAUCGGUCCAAUCCGAUCCUGAAAUCCGAAACCAUAACAAAAGUUAAUUCAGGGCAAUUUGUCUUCGAAUCGGAGAAGGCAAAUGUGCACAAUGCUUUACUCAAACAAAUUCAAUUUGGUAUUAAAUUGAAAGCAACCAAAACGGACGAUCGUAGUAAGCCGGUUCUGGGUGGGUUGCGGAAAUUCCGCAAACAAAUGACAAUCGAAGAACAAAUCCAAAAAUCCGAAUCGCGUGCACAAUUGGGACAAGCUCCAGAGGAGCAAGAUCCAAUUCCCGAUUCGGCCGAUGAAAUGGAUGACAUCGAUAAGUUACGCGAUGAUUUACAGAGUACUAAACAGAUGUUGGCCCAAGAGUUACGGAACAAAGAAGCUCAAGAUCGUGAAAAUAAGCGUUUAUUAGCGAAAAUACAAAAUUUAGAAGCCGAAUUGACUAAAUCAAAAUCAGGCGAUGGUGAGGGCAACGGUGAGGGCGAAAAGGCAUCUUCCGGUGGAGAUAACGAAGCACUCAUCAAAUCACUGAAGUCAGAAGCCGAAGAGGCACAAAACACAUCCAAAUUAUUGGAAAAGAAGUAUCAAGAUGCAGCCGGACAAUUGGACGCGGCCAAGAGUGAGUUAGAAGAACAAAAACGUAAGAUUGCCGAAUUGGAAAAGAAGUUCGCACAGUCACAGGGUAUUGCACCGGGCACACAUUCACGACGUCAAAGUGAAGUACCCGUCAAAGAAACCUCUCCAGAACCAGACUUCGAAUCAUCUGGCGAGGACGAUGAUCUGGAUGAUGAACAGAAAGCGGCUCGAGUGAAGAGACGUUUGAAUCGCGAAGUAAAGUAUUUGAAGAAUAAAUUGGAUAGACUUAAGGAUAAACAACAAGCCGCAACGAAAGAACGACAAGCCAUUCGAGAAUCAAUGAAAAAGAAUCAAGUUGUUCUCAAGGAUGAAAAGAAGAAGUUCAAGUCAUUGCAGCGUGAAGUUGACAAAAUGGCUGCACUAAUGAAAGAUGAUGAUGAUGAAGAUGCCGAACCAAAAGAUGAUGAAGACAAUGAAGCAGAUGAAAAAGAGGAGAGUGAAGCCGAGGAAUCCGAAUCGGAAGAGUCUGAAUCCGGGGAAUCUGGAGGAUCGGAUGAUGAAUCAGUGGAUAGUGAACCAGAGGAUGCUGAAGACGAGAAGAAGAAAGCAAAUUAUGAGCCACGCAUCAAGCGGCACGAAGGCCGAUUGGCAGCACUUAAGAAAGGAAAUCUAUUGCACCAGACUAAUUUGGAUCGACUCAUUGAUGAAAUUAAUCGAAUGCGUGAUGAAUCAGUCACACUGCAACAUGAUUUGGACUCUGUGUUAUCAGAGUUGGGCUAGACGUAAUCCCGGCAAAUCAAUUUGGCUGAGAAAUAUUUGUAUAUAAGAGAAAAAAAGUGACCGCGAUUCAGAAAUGUGAACAGAUAUUUUCCGUUGGAAAUGCAUGAAUCGAAACAAAAAAAAAAUGCACAUUUCUAGGCAUAUUUUGUUAUAUUUACUGUUAGUAAGAGUAAUUGUCAUAUAUCUAUCAAAGCUUGUGAAUGGUUUACUUGAAAUUCUUAAUUUAUUUUAUAAACUUUAUUUCCUAAAUAUGCUUUUGAAGGCGAAUUCAAGUUAUUUAUUACAAAUCUACAUUUAUGCUAAUUCUUUUUUUUUUGUGAUUGAAUUAAACCAAAUAAAAUGAGAUAUCACAAAAAA